AUGAAAGCUCUCUUGCAACUCAAAACAAUCACUGAUAUUGAUCUUGAAAACCAUUCACUAUCUGAAAAACUUGGKUUGUUAUUAUCUGACAAAGAUCAUCUAUAUAAAUUUUAUAAGGCAGAAGCUUUUUUAUGUCAAAAAGAGUAUAGUGAUGCUGCAUUAUUAUGUCUAAGAGCUGUUGAACUGAAUCAACCGUCUUUAUUACUGGAAAUCAAUCCCAAAUUAUACUUGAAUUAUUCAUCUAAAAGUGAACAUUGUUCUACCUUGCCAAAAUUGUUACAUAAACAAACACAUAUUAAAUAUUUCAAACAAUUGGGUUCAUUGACGAAUCUCUUGAAUUAUAAAUCAUCUGAAAACMUCAAUGAGCAUAAAAUGAUUACUGGAUAUCAUAAUGAUCUACCUAAAUGUAAAAUUAAACAUUUGUGUAAAAGACAAUGCUAUAAAAGUUGGCCAGAUAUUUAUCGUACGACAUUUCAUCAAUCAAAACUCAGACGGUCAUUAAGUUUUGAUGUGAUGCAAACAUCUGACAACUUAUUAGAUUGUACCCUCCAAGGUGCAACAAUAGAAAAUACGGCACAGAUUUUGUUACCAAAGUUAUUGGAUGUAAAUUAUGAACAGCUUCUAUGCGAUAACGAUGAUUCAAAUAAACAUCAGUUAUCAAAUAAUGAUUUGCCCAAACRAAAUAAACGACGAUCAAAGUUGUUUACACUCCCAUUGAAAAUAUUAGAAGAAUCUGACGAUGACACUCGAAGCAAUAUCUCUGACGGGUCUAGAACUUUGAUUCCUUAUGAUGAAUUUCCACCUUCAAAGUAUGUAGGAACAUUCGGAUUAGUAUCUUCAUAUUUUCCCGAUCAAGAUUUGUUCAAGUUCUUAUCUUCUGGACAGUUUCUUCAAGCCAACGCUGAGCUAGAUCGUGAAAAUGCUCAUUUCAAAAUUUCUGAAGCAAUCAUUGGCACUAUUGAACAAAUCAAAUGCAAUCAAAAAUUGAAAUUCACUGACGAAGUGAUCGACGAGAGUGAUGAAGAGAUAUUAAAUGUGUUUGAACAAUUGCAGAUUUUGCCUCUACCGUCGAGCUGGCCCGUCAACCCGCAUGAUCACGUCGACGAUCGUCCAGAGGCUUCGUCUCGGUUGCGAGGCACAAGUGAUUGGGCACCACCACGACCACAAAUCAUUUUCACUAGUCAUCCUUCGCCAAUUAGGAAAAAUAUAAUGGAAUUACAGGGUUAUAGAUGUGCGGGCUGUAGCAUGAAAGUGGCAGUGAAAUACGCUUCCAAGUUCCGUUAUUGCUUUUACUUGGGUCGAUAUUUUUGCACAGGGUGUCAUGUAGAUAAAACCGCUAUCAUACCCGGUCGAAUAAUUGAAAAAUGGGAUUUUUCUAAGUAUCCRGUGUCGUGUUUCUCAUUCACUCUGCUAGGGAAAAUGCUAUUUGACCCGCUGUUUAAUAUAACCGACUUGAAUAGCGUUCUGUAUAAACGCGCUCGAGGCCUAGACAAAGUCAGAACGUAUCGAAUGCAAUUGCAUUACAUUAAAGAUUUCAUUUUCUUGUGCAGAUACGCUGAUCGAUUAAAAGAGACAUUGGAAACUAUGGACGUUCAUAUAAUUCUUAAGCCAGACUUGUAUUCCAUCCAAAACUUGGUGGAUGUCAAAAACGGAGAGCUCGGUAAAAAACUGCAAAACUUAAUCAUUGCCUGUAAUAAACAUAUUAUUAAUUGUCAGUUGUGCCAAGCAAGAGGGUUUGUUUGUGAAAUAUGCAACAAGAACAAAAUACUUUUUCCUUGGGACUUCAGAUUGGUCACAAGAUGUGUGGAYUGUGGGUCAUGUUAUCACAAGAAAUGUUACGAUUCGAGAAAAGUACCAAUGUGCCCCCGGUGUCCUCGGAUCAUGGCCAUGUUUAAAAGAACAGAAAUUCAAAACGAUCAGAAUACUGUUGUACAGUCUUGAACAAUGGUAGUGAAUUAGUUUCUACCACAAUCAACCAAAUGUAUUAAUUGUGUAUUUUUCUGAUUAUUUAUUUUUUUAUUACCAUUUAGUAUUUAAUUUUUGGUAUUUUUUUU